ACGAAAACCGAAGUACCGUUAGCCCUUCCUAGCCAUUAAGCAGUCGUGCAGGGAAGUGUACAAAGAUGUGUUGCUUAAAAAUAGAAUAAACACGUGAAAAAAUGCGAGUUUAAAUAUUUUUAAUGUCCAGUAGCUCGUCAUAGUACAGAUAAUAGGGCAUUUCGCUUAAUGCGUGCGUUUUAUGCCCAUGAAGAGGAGCUUUAGCCUUAACAUGAUGGAGAGUUGAUGGAGGACAACGACUACAAGCUGAAAUCAAUUUUAAGUGAUAUCAUUGGGGGAAAAUAUCUGGAGUCACGUUCACAUGUGUGCCGUUAAGAGGAGAACAUGGUCAUAUUUGGCGCCCUUCUGAGCCUCGCUGGCUGGGCGUCGCUCUACUUUGCCCUGUGUCACCUCAACAGCCAUCGAAGCUGCGAGUGGAACUGCCGCCUCGUCACCUUGCUCCACGGCAUCCUGGCAGUCAGUGUCACGGCCUACAUAGGCUAUGUGGAUGGGCCAUGGCCCUUCACUUACCCAGGUACAAAGAACACACCUUUGCAGAUAAGCGCCAUGUUGCUGAGCCUGGGCUACUUUGUCUUUGACAUGGCUUGGUGCGUCUACUUCCGCACUGAAGGAGCCGUCAUGCUGGCCCACCACAGCAUGAGCAUCCUAGGAAUCCUUCUCACUCUGUGGCUGGGCGAGUCUGGCAUCGAGGGCUGUGCUGUUCUGUUUGGCAGUGAGAUCACCAAUCCCCUGCUACAGGCACGCUGGUUCCUCAAGCAGACGGGACGUUACGGCACACCCCUUGCGCACACUGUGGACGUGCUGUUUGUGCUCCUCUUCGUGCUAAUGCGGAUCUUUGUGGGAGGUACAAUGCUGUACUGUGAGCUGAUCUCGCCAAGACCCAGAUUCUUCAUCAAGUGCGGAGGCGUGGCUAUGUACGCGCUAUCCUGGGUUUUCAUGGUGGACAUUGUUCGAUUUGCUGUCCGCAAGAGCAAGAGUUGGCAGAACCAUCGGAAGGAACGACAAGAGGCCACAAAUGGUCACAAAGGAAAGAUUGACUGAGUGCAGACCACAGAAAUGACUUUAGUGUAAUUGACAUGAAGAUAUAAAGUAGGAGCAAAAAAAUGCUUUCUGCAGUCAUCAAAACUGAACACUUUGGUUGUUGUGUAAAUGGUUUAAUAGACAAAACAGGAGGAGGAGGCUUAUGAAGCUGGAAAUACAAGCACUGACAGAUGUUGCAAGUUAGACCAACAGAGCAAAAAUACUGUCUCCAAAGGCAGCCACUGUUUGUGUACAUCAUUUUAUGGCUACAAUUCAUGCAUGAGUCAUUACUCCCAAAACCUAAUACUGUUCAGCAGAAGCUCUUAAGUUUGGAGUUCAGCCAGUGUCUGUCUCAACACCAUCGUGCAUUUUUAUGUGUGAAGAAGUACGACAAUGAAGAAAUAGAUGGAUCAUUAACAAGUUAAUGUAUGAGUCAGAGUUUAAGCAAAAAGUGUCCCAGAAAGUUGGGUACUGUUUGUGCACAACCUGUAAUCAUCUCAAUCUAUGUGUAAGUCAUUUUGAAAACAUUGCACAUAUGACAAACUGUGAACAGAUGUCUUACUCAGGGUAAAAUUUUUCAGGAAGUUUACUGUAACUUAUUUAUUUUAUUUUUGAUCAUUAUUCUAGGAUUUGCUUAAUUCCUUUGUAUCCCCUUUCUCUGUUUAUCCUAUUCGGUAAAAUUGUGAUUGUGACUUUUAAUAUUGGGUUAUACAGUGAUUGUUUUUUUUGUUUUUUAAUUAAAAGGUACUGGUACUUGAGAGGGCCAAAGCUCUGUUACAUAAAUGAGGGCACCCAAUGAAGUUUCUAAUGAAUGUACUGUCAUGUAAUUCUGUUACCAUUACUAAUACCUAACUCUAGUGCAAAAUUGGUGCAGGAAGAUGCUAAAACAACUGCCAUUUCAUUGUUUUCAGCCCAGGUCUGUUUCAGCUCCAGCUGUUUCAGUUUCAGCUGAACAGCAACAUUGUGAAUUUACAGAGAAAGCAAAAAGUAUAACUGAUGAGUGCCUUACUUUAAGAACUAUAUUGUCAUUGUUGAUUCUCUACUGUAAAUUCCACACCAUAAUU